AUGACGUCCACGGAUUCUACCUCAGCCAGCACUGAACCGCGUGUCAUUACCGGUUGGAAACGAGUCGCUUGGCCAGAACUUCGUGCAGAUCCUCUAGAGACGUCAGUUACUAGUCUACCUGGCCCCAUGCUAGAGAUCUCCCGAGAUAUUCUCGAACUCGCGCAUGAAGUCGUCAAAAGGCAUAAUAUCCUACCAUCGCUUAAAGACAGGGAUGAUCGAAUUCGCUUCGAGGUGCGAGAUGGAAUAACAACACUCCUCAUCGUCACUCCCUGGUCUUCUAAAAAAACACCUAUCUGGGAGGCAGCCUUGCGAGAGAUUGUCACGAGCUUGAACGAGCUGACAAAAGAAACAUCGAUCUGUGAAGGCGAUAUUCACGCUGAAAUAAUCGCUCCGGAACUUACUCAGACGAUUUACUAUACUUUCAACAACGAUCCGCAUCUUAGUGCAACCUGGGACUCUGUCCGUCCCAAAGUCUAUAAGUGCCUUGAGUCUGUUCAAGCAACCAGACAUCGCAUGAGCUCCAUUGCUCUUCACCGAUAUGGAGUGCUUCCAGAGCUCGAAGCAAACCCCGCUACAAUUUAUAUCGGAGUGGACUAUCGCUCGGACGAGACGGGCUGGAACGAGGUCGUCACCGAUAUCAAGAACAUGCUUCAAGGCGAAGAGGGAUGGGGUCAUGUGAAUGUCCAUAUGGAGCAUAAUGUAAAUUAG